AGGCACUAAACAACAACAUCGCCAUUUUCAGCGCUGGAAGGGAGGCGGGGACGCUGAAAAUCUCCCGCGGCACAGUGCAGAAGUAGGUCAACCAACAAUAUCGCAGAGACGUAUGAACACACAGUCGAAAAAACAACAAAUAACUGAAGAAAUUGCGCCUCGUCCUCCGAUGCGUCUGUUCUUAUUCGGUCUGAUGUUUUCAUUGUCGGGCCCUGGUUGACAUUCAGGCGAAUAAUCUGAGGAUUUUUUGUAAUUUUCCACUUCUUCCGAGCGAGACAUACGACUGUAACACGCAUAACAGAAAUGAAACGGUUAAGCAGAGACAGAGAGGGCAGUAGCUCAUCGUGUGAGGGGCUGAUGGAGUCCUGCAAGAGGAUCAAACAGCUCGGUGAAGACGUUGAAGAUCCGAUGUGCGACUGGACUCGACUGCCCCAGGAGAUCCUGCUUCACAUCUUUCAGUACCUGCCGCUGUUGGAUCGUGCCUUUGCCUCCCAGGUUUGCCGUGGCUGGAAUCAGGCUUUCCACAUGCCAGAGCUGUGGAGGUGCUUUGAGUUUGAGCUCAAUCAACCUGCCAGUUCUUACCUGAAAGCCACGCAUCCUGAUCUAAUAAAGCAAAUCAUUAAGAGGCACUCCAAUCAUCUACAGUACGUCAGCUUCAAGGUGGACAGCAGCACAGAGUCAGCAGAGGCAGCGUGUGAUAUUCUGUCUCAACUCGUCAACUGUUCAUUGAAAACACUUGGGCUCAUCUCAACAGCACGACCAAGCUUCAUGGAGUUACCAAAGUCCCACUUCAUCUCUGCACUAACAGUGGUGUUUGUUAACUCCAAGUCUCUUUCAUCUCUGAAAAUUGAUGACACACCAGUGGAUGAUCCUUCUCUCAAGGUUCUGGUAGCCAACAACAGCGAUACACUUAAGCUCUUAAAGAUGAGCAGCUGUCCACACGUUUCUCCUGCAGGUAUCCUGUGUGUCGCUGAUCAGUGUCACGGUUUGAGAGAACUGGCCCUCAACUACCACUUACUGAGCGAUGAGCUGCUCCUGGCGCUGUCUUCAGAAAAGCACGUGCACCUUGAACAUCUGCGCAUAGAUGUGGUGAGCGAGAACCCCGGUCAGCAGUUCCAUACCAUCAAGAAAAGCAGCUGGGAUGCCAUGGUGCGCCAUUCACCCAAAUUCAACCUGGUCAUGUACUUCUUCCUGUACGAGGAUGAGUUCGGCCCAUUUUUCCGCGACGAGAUACCCGUCACGCACCUGUACUUCGGCCGCUCGGUCAGUAAGGAGGUGCUAGGCCGCGUCGGCAUGAACUGCCCACGACUGGUGGAGCUGGUGGUGUGUGCCAACGGUCUGCGGCCACUGGAUGAGGAGCUGAUCCGCAUCGCUGAGCGCUGCCAGCACCUCUCAGCCAUCGGAUUGGGCGAGUGCGAGGUCUCCUGCAGCGCUUUCGUGGAGUUCGUGAAGAUGUGCGGCCGGCGUCUUUCUCAGCUGUCUAUUAUGGAGGAGGUUCUUAUCCCAGACCACAAAUACAGCCUGGAUGAGAUCCACUGGGAGGUGUCCAAACAUCUGGGACGUGUUUGGUUUCCAGAUAUGAUGCCCACCUGGUGAAUUUCAUCAGUCAAAAGAAAGGCUGUCAGACUGAGACACACGUUUGUUGAUUUGGACUAAAUGGAAAAAAAUCACAGCUGUUGUAAAUUCUUACACAAGCUUUGUUGUGAAGAGUCUCAUAAAAACAUGUCUGGGUUUCAUUUCAGACAAAAAUCCAAAGAAAAAAUAUAUUUUGCAUAAUGAAGGCUAAGAACCAGAGUCAGAAUAAGCUUUUAUGCAAAGUAUGCUCAUGCACACACACAUAAUUUGGCUUUGUACAGAAGCUUUCAGUGCACAGAGAAUAAAAAGAUACAGAUAAUAAUAUGAACUGUAUACGUAUAGAGUAUGUACAUUUUCUCCCAAAUUUUUGUUGUCAACAUUAUAAACAGUACAACGAAACUACAAUGAUUAGAAAACAAUGUAUACUUGAAUAUUUUUACUAGGUAAAUUAUUUCAUCAUUUGAUUGUAUGACCCAGACAUGUCCUAAAAAGGUCUUGUUCCCUCUUAAAGUAGAGCAUAGCUAUACUACACUAAACAAAGUAAUUUAAUGAGUUCAGUGAGAGUCACUUUAUGUAUUUAGAAUCACAUUCUCCAUUCUCAGCAUCUAUUUACAUAUUAUUUACUGAGCUGUGCUGUAACUUUUAGUGCAGGGCACUCAAAACAUCUCUAAGAGUUGAAGUAUAACAGUUAAAGCAUUGUAAAGUAAGCUAAUCGUUUACAUUUAAAUCACAAAAUGAGAAUCACAUUUGGAUUACAGUACUGUAAGUACACUUAUAAUGGCAAUGAUCGCAUUCUUUGUAGAUAAUGAACAGUAUUUUUUGUGAAAUACACAUUUUAUAUUAAUAUAUGGUAUCACUGUAGAAAUUCCUUGUUGCACUUGAAUGUUUAAGGUUAAACAACUUGAAUUAAUAAAUAAUAAGUUAGAAGUUGCUAUAAAAAAUAAAUAUAAAGUUGUAAUAACUUAAGCCCAUUCAACAUUCAUUUUUGAAUGGGCUAUAUAUUGUUGGAAAGGUCUAAGAAUGUAAUUUUAAUAUUUCAAAACCUUUUAGCAGUAAUAAUGCGCAGUAACUGUAAUUUAAUAAUUUGUGACAAGAGUAUGCAGCAAACCAACACAAAUCUCUUUUUUUUAAUAAUUUUACUUAUAAAAGAUUAUUAUAUUGCAUUAUUUUUAUUUAUUACAAUAAAUUUAAACUGCUAUAACAAAUUUCUUAAUAUUUUUAAAAAAUAUAUUUCUUUAAAACGAUACCAAAUUUAGGCUUCUAGACCUGAAAAAUUUGAUAUUAAUUUGAAGGGAUACAUCACUUAUGCCCCCCAAUCAAAAAGGGCUCUCCAGGUAAAGGGUUAAACUUAAAAAUGUAAGCGCAACAAUGAAUAUUUUUACAGUAUACACACAUUUGUAUAUAAUGAAUAAUAUUCACCUAAUUGAAAUACUUGGUAACGAGUUAAAAGAGAACAAAAACAAAUUGUUUUGCAGCAAAGAGAAUAGUAGAACUGAAAUGUAAAAUAUAGAUGGGUUGGGUAUGUUUGAGUUUGUCAGAGUGGCCCGACACAUACAGAUGUGUCCAUAAAAUGGAAAAGAGAAAAAAAUGUUGAUAGAUUUCUAUUGGGUUGCAUCAAGAAUGUUGUGAGACUUGGCCAUUGCAUAAGUGAUAAAUUAUUAUGAGAUUCAAAAAUGGAAAUAAUUGUAAAACUGCCCAGACCUAACUGCAUUAAAAUGCACCUUUGUUUCAAUUUAACUAUUGGAGUGGAUAAGUUUUCCUUUAAGAAGGAAGCCCCAUAUGUUUGUAUAUAUGCUGUGUGUUUCAAAUAAAUAGAAACUUCUCUUGCUUCCUCUGUGAAGGUUUAUAUAUUGUUUCUGUGCUGAUCUUAUUGAGAUGAGUGGGAAUAUUUCCUAGAUGGAUCUUUGUACCCUUGUAAUUAGAUUUUAUCAGCAGUGUAAUUUAUUGAUAUGCUUUAUAUUAACGCUUUAACUUUGGCUCAGAUGCUUCUUGUUGAUUUAUAUGUCUAUAUUAAAAAAUUAAAA